AUGGAAGAAAAUUGCAAGUUGCGAAACUGGGAUGAGCUUAUCCCUGACGCUCUUGGCUUAAUCUUUAGCCACUUACCUCUUCAAGAGGUGCUAACAGUUGUGCCUAGGGUUUGCAAAGCAUGGAACAGAGCUGUAACUGGAUCUUAUUGCUGGCAAGAGAUAGACAUUGAGCUGUGGUGUAACCGUUGCCACCAGUCCGAUCAUCUCGAUCGAAUGCUUCAGUUGUUGAUCAAUAGAAGCUCUGGCUCUUUGCGGAAACUCUCAGUCACUGGCCUUCAAAAUGACUCUAUCUUCUCCUUCAUUGCACAACAUGCUGGUUCACUUAAAACCUUGAAGGUGCCGAGAAGUUGUCUGAGCAAUUCAGGUGUUGUAAACGUGGCCGAAAAGCUUUCAUCUCUCACUUUCUUGGACUUGAGCUACUGCUGUAAAUUAGGCCCAGAGGCGAUACAAGCCAUGGGCAAACACUGUAAAUCCCUGACAGAGUUCUCCAGAAACAUGCAUCCUUUGGACGUAGCGAGUGUCGUCUCUCACGACGAUGAAGCUUAUGCGAUUGCCAGGACGAUGCCGAAGCUGAAGCGGUUAGAAAUUGCAUACCAUCGAGUCAGCGUAGAAGGAGUACUCAAAAUCUUAUCAUCUUGCAUUUUUCUUCAGUUCUUGGAACUCCGAGGCUGUUGGGACGUGCAACUCGACAACAAGUUCUUCAAAGAGAAGUUUCCAGAUAUGAAAGUGUUGGGUCCACGCGUGAUUGGAUUCUAUGAUAUGAUAAACGACUGGGAGGAUUGCUGUUCGGAUUAUUUCUCAGAUGGAUCUGAUUACUUGGCAUGGGAGUUCCUUGAGGAUGGUGAAAUGGGAGAGUAUGAGUUUGAGCAUGGUUGGGACGAUAACUUUUAUGCGGAUAGAGUGAAUAUCGACAGGGAACCCCAUAUUUGGCCGCCAUCUCCAUGA